CUUCGGAGGUGAGGAGAGAUUCUUGACCACAGUGCUCAAAUGAUAAGAGAAAAUAUAGGCUCUGAGCCACAAUUGGUUGCGAAAUACCUAUAAUAUUUAAUUUGAUUAGUAAUUCUAGCACUAUUGUGGCUGGAGUUCUUUAAGCAUUAGUUGGUAGUUACUGGGGUAUAUAAAGUAAGUUCUAAGACUCCAUAAAAAAGAUAUGUUUACUUUAUUAAGUUUGGUACUAAUAAGUUACUACGACUAUAAAAAUAAAACCCGAGUCUUACACUAGUAAGAAAGACAAUAAGAAUUUUGAAAUAUGCUGCCACCAGUUGCAAUCGAACAGAACGAAGAGCUUCAAGAGACCAUUUUGAAGCUUGCAAACCUCAAGCCUCUUGGACAAUUCAGAUCUCAAACCCAAAUUGAGACCGGUCCUCAAAUUGAAUGGCUCGAAAAGGUUCCUGAGCCAACAAGAAAGAGAUUCGAAAAGUAUGGCAUUGACUUAUCUAAAGGUUAUCCAAUUAUCCCUGAAAACAAGGAUAUCCCUAAAUUUGUUGAUGAGGCAUUUGAAAUUAGAAAUUCUGAAUAUCCAUACAUUGAGAGGGGCAAGAAUGCUGAUCCAGAAAAGAAGGCCCUUUUUGGCGCUGCAAAGGAAGUAAUCGAUUUGACGAAGCAUAUCGGUACCGAAAUUGUUGGCUUGCAAUUGAGCGAUUUAGAUGAUAAGCAAAAAGAUGAGUUAGCCUUAUUGGUAGCCGAAAGGGUUGUGGUAUUCUUCAGAGAUCAGGAUUUGUCACCUCAAAAGCAAUUGGAAUUGGGAGAGUAUUGGGGUCAAGUCGAGAGACAUCCUCAAGCCCCACAUGUCCCAUUGCCAAAAAAGGAAGGAGAAAGUGAUGAUAUUGCCAAGGGAAGCGGAAUAAGUGUAAUUUGGAGACACUUUUUCAAUGAUUUCUAUGGAAUUAAACCAAGUUUCAAGAAGGGAGGAAUUUCCAGUGGCUGGCACACUGAUUUAGUCCAUGAAUUCCAACCUGCUGGAAUUACACAUUUACACAAUGAUACCAUUCCUGCCACUGGAGGUGACACUGCUUGGUCAUCUGGAUAUGCCGCUUAUGACAAGUUAUCCCCAGCGUUCCAGAAAUUCUUAGAUGGGAAAAAGGCGGUGUACAUUUCUGCUCAUGCAUAUUUGGAUAGAGAGAACCCUCUUCAAGGACCACAAAGAAUUGAACGUGAACACCCAAUUAUUAGAACUCACCCAACUACUGGCUGGAAGUCGUUAUUUGUUAACAGAGCAAUGACUAAAAGUAUUGUUGGAUUGGAGCCUGAAGAGAGUAAGUUGAUUUUAGAAUACUUAUUUCAAGUAUUUGAAAAAAACUUGGAUAUUCAAGUAAGAUUCCACUGGCAACCAACUAAGGAAGGCUUUGGGACCUCGGCUAUUUGGGAUAACCGUAUUUCCCAACAUUUUGCCAUUGGCGAUUACGAAGUUGAAGACUUGAGACAUGGAACCAGAGUGACUUCAUUGGCUGAAGUCCCUUACUUUGAUGAAUCUUCAAAGUCCCAGAGAGAAGCGCUUGGAUUAUCGUUGGACUAG